AUGCAACAGAGUUUGACCCUGAAUUCUGAUCAAAUUCGUGGUGGACUCUUCGGAUUUAUCACAAAACCAAAAACACCGUCUAGUCGUGCACUCAUUAUUUUUCUAGGCUUUUUAUUACAAAUUAUUGUGUAUUAUGGUGUAUUUGUCAAUUUUCCACCGGAUGCUCCUACUCUUGAAACAUCAACAAUACCUUAUUUUGACUUUAGUAAAUCAGUUAGCCAAACAAUAACAUUCGUUGGAAGUUUCUUAGUUGGUUUAGGCGAUAGUAGUUUAAAUACUCAACUAAUGAAUGUUUUGGCUGGAAGAUACAAAGAGACUAGUGCUUCGGCUUUUGCCAUUUUUAAAUUAGUCCAGUCUCUUAUGUCUGCAAUUGCAUUUUUUUAUGCUGGUGCAUUAGCGCUGCCAUAUCAGUUACUUAUUGUGGUUAUAUUUUUAUUUUUUGGAACUUUAGCAUUUUUUAUUGUUUUAUUUGAUGACGAUUCAUCUGCACAUAUAGGACACAGUUCAACGCUGUCAACAGCAAUAUUAACAGAAGGAGAACCUGUUAAUGUUGAUGAUGAAGAUCGCCAAUAA